UUCACCAAUUUGUCUAAUCUUCUUUGCUUCUCUGCUUCCAUAUCUGCAACAAUGGCUUCCACGAGAAUAUUAUUUUUGUUUUCUCUAAUGUUUAGCUUUUUCAUGGCUUCCUCCUUUGCUAGUAAUUUUCAACAAGAAUUUGACAUCACAUGGGGUGAUGGCCGAGCUCAAUUCCUGAAUAAUGGAGAGCUUCUCACCUUAUCACUCGACAAGACUUCUGGGUCUGGUUUCAAGUCUAAGAAUCAAUAUCUAUUUGGAAAGAUCGAUAUGCAGCUCAAGCUGGUUCCCGGUAAUUCGGCCGGCACGGUUACUGCUUACUAUCUUUCAUCUCUUGGGUCUACACACGAUGAGAUCGAUUUUGAAUUUCUUGGUAACCUUAGUGGUGAUCCUUAUAUUCUUCACACUAAUGUUUUUACACAAGGGAAGGGCAAUAGGGAGCAACAGUUCUAUCUUUGGUUUGACCCUACUGCUGACUUCCACUCCUAUUCCAUACUUUGGAACCCUCAGCACAUACUUUUCUCAGUAGAUGGCACUCCUAUUAGGGAGUUCAAGAACUUAGAAUCGCGUGGCAUCGCAUACCCGAAAGACCAACCAAUGAGGAUCUACUCUAGUCUAUGGAACGCUGAUGAUUGGGCAACAAGAGGUGGACUUGUCAAGACAGAUUGGAGUAAGGCUCCAUUCGUAGCUUCAUAUAAGAACUUCAAUUCUCAAGCCUGCAUAUGGAGUAGUUCAGGGUCUUCUUCCUGUUCAUCAUCAUCAAAUAACUCCAACAACACUUCUUGGUUAAAGGAAGGCCUGGACUCAACAGGCCAACAAAGAAUGAAACGAGUCCAAUCGAAGUAUAUGAUCUACAAUUACUGUUCUGAUACUAAGCGAUUCUCUCAAGGUCUCCCACCUGAAUGCACACUCACAUAGCUUAUUAAAAGUUGUUCUCUUUCAAAC